AUGACGGGCAAUUCUAAUGAUAAAGUGAGCCCGGACUUUUGUCGAGUUUGCCGAUGUGAGGGGACUGUAUCGAAACCUCUAUUUCAUCCUUGUUUAUGCACUGGAAGUAUUAAAUAUAUUCAUCAAGAUUGCCUCGUUCGUUGGCUUGAGUAUAGCAAAAGAAAUACUUGUGAAUUAUGCAAUCAUCGGUUCGCUUUCACUCGAAUUUACGCAUCUGGCACUCCACGAUUUCUUCCGCUCACUGUGUUGGCUGUGGGACUGGCCAACAGCUUGCGUCGAUUUUUACUAAACUGGAUUCACUUGUCGAUUGUUUUCACUGCAUGGUUGGUUGUAGUUCCUUUAUCUGCCUGUCGCAUGUACCGUUGUUUGUUUACUGGUAGCGUUUUCUCACUCCUUACGCUUCCAUUAGACAUGGUUUCCACAAAACACUUAUUGCAAGAUUGUGUUCAGGGUUUCAUUAUUGUAAUCCUCGCAUUGGCUGCAUUUUUGGGUUAUGUUUCAUUGCGAGAACAACUUCUUCAAGGAACACCAGCAUGGUUAGAACGUGAUGUUCAUGCAGAAGCUCGUGGUGCUGAUCCUCCUCGUCCUGCCGCUGGGGCCAAUGGUAGGCGACCUUUAUUUCCGGAUAUUUUCAAUAUUUUUGGUGUUGCCAAUGGUGGUGGUUUAGGAGCCGCAGUUUUCGGUGAAGGCAAUGAAGAUCCUGUUGAACCUGAAUUAUUAAACAAUGAUGAACAGCCUCAUCAGACUGUUCAACAAGAAUUAGUGAAUCCUGAACAUAACACGUGUUACUCUCUUAAUCAACAACAACCGGUGAUUAACAGUGGUAUCUCAGAAUCAUUAGAAUCUUCACAUGAAUCGGCAGAUACUGUAAAUCGUGGAUCAUCAUAUAAUCCACAACAAUUGGCUUGGUAUAUGGAAAAUACAGGAGCUAAUUUGGAUGGGGAUAUUCCUGACGAAGAUGGUAGAGCCAAUAAUGAUCCAGCGGAUGCAGACGGUGCACCAGAAGCUAUGAACUGGAAACAUUUAUUGGGUCUAGAUGGAUCUCUAAAUUUUCUGGAACACGUUUUGUGGCUUAUUGCUUUAAAUACUUUGUUUAUUGUCAUAUUUGCCUUUUGUCCAUAUCAUAUGGGCCAGUUUACUGUGUUGGGAUUCAAUUUGGAACGUUUUAUUAAUGCAACUCACAUGGAAGGAUUUAGUACAAGUUUAAUUGGUUACAUUAUUUUCGCUUUUGCUUUGAUUCUCAUGCAUGAAAUAUUUGCUAUUCUCAAUAUGCCUCGAGCUUGUUAUUGGACCGGUCUUGGUUAUAUAUACAUCAAAGUUGCAUUGCUUUCUUUAAUGGAAUUGGGUAUUUUUCCCAUUUUGUCGGGAUUUUGGAUAGAUGCUUGCACUUUGUCUCUUUUCAAUGCGACGUUAACUCAACGAGCUAGUGUGUUUAAUUAUGCACCAGUUGCUUUUACCUUUAUUCAUUGGGCAAUUGGCAUGUUGUACAUAUUUUAUAUGGCGUCUUUGCUUGUACUGGGUCGAAGUGUACUACGUCCUGGUGUUUUACGCUUCAUAUAUCAUUUUAAUGAUCCGGAUUAUAAGCCUAUUCAGGACAUGAUACUUCAACCAUUACCAUUAUACAUACAACGUUUAAUUGCUACUUAUUCAGUUUGGGGUAUAUUAAUUGUACUUAUGCUUUGGUUACCUACAGAAGUUAUUCGGCAUUUCUUCCCUAAUUUCCUGCCAUUUCGUAUUAGUGCAGCUUAUGAAAGUCCAUUGGAUUAUUCAUUGGAAAUGAUACUAUUACAAGUUGUUCUACCAUUCUUAUUGGAUAAUCAAGCUAAAACAAGUCUUCGUCAGAUUUUACGUUGGUGGUGUUUAUGUGUAUCAUGGUUGCUUGGUUUACGUAGUUACUUACUAGGUGAUAUUCCAUUUUCACCAGGGGAUUUUAUUGUUACUGAAAAUGGAACAGAAGUACCAUACAAACAACGUCGAAAUACUCAUGCUCAAACAUCUAAUUUAAAUAGUCAUUCGGGAUCCAUGUCUAUAGAAUCAUCUCAACGGAUAUUGCCUAAUGAACUAGACGAUGUUUCGACAGAUUUGUAUGCUCCAAGUUUAUCGUCGUCAUCAUCAUCGUAUGGACAGAUUACUUCAAUAAAUAAUCCAUUUCGUGAACAAUCCCAACCUGAACAUAAUGAACAAAAUAAUGAUAAUCAUGCAAACACUGAUUAUGAUAAUGAUGAUGAUACAGAUUUUACUCGUUAUAUUCCAUAUAAACGAGGCAAUUUCUUCAAAUUACGAAUUACUGGCUUAAUUCUAAUCUUAAUUACUAGUUUGAUAUGUUUAAGCUUAACUGUACUAAUUUUACCAGUUGGUAUUGGACGUUUAUUGUUAUUGAAAUUAAGCGGAACUGAUUCUACAUCAAAACAUGAUGCUAUCGCUUUAGUCGGUGGAUUCACUGUUCUGGGAAUAAUUCUCCGUCUAGCUCCUUGCAUACCACAUCUUUUCAGUGGAAUAUCUCGAAUUGUCAUGUUGAUUGGUCGAAGUGGUAGUUUAAUUAGUUGGUCUAGACCAUUGCGUGUAUUUAGAAUCUGGACUCGUUUAGGUACAACAUGUGAAAUCACAAUUCGACGACCAGCAUUACCAAUGGCUCCUAUGAUUGAUUUGAAUCGACGUUAUGGAUUUCAAUCUACUGUUCAUACUAAUAUUGGAAUAUAUCUACAAAAUUAUUUACGAAUAAUAAUAAAUUGGUUACGUCUAUUUUGUAUUGCUGUAAUAUGUCUAGGCAUUCUACCAACAGCUUUAGGAUUAUUAAUCAACUUUAUUUUCAUUGUACCAUUCCGUAUUGGACCCAAGAAAACUAUUAUUAUUGGGUUUUGGGAGCAUUGGAUAUUUGGUAUUAUGCAUUUAAAAGUGGUUAUCUUACUUACGCUUCUUGGACCGCCAUGGUGGUUACGAAAUCGUCUAGAAUUAUUUCAUGAGGAAAUUACACAUCAUCGACAAGAUGCUCGAUGUAUGCGUUUACUAUGGGCAAUCGCACCAUUGCUUGUAACUAUUGGAUUAUCAUUGAGUGUACCAUAUUUAGUAGCUUAUUAUAUUAGUCCAUUAAUCGCAUUAGAUAGCGAAGUUGCAUUUCGAUACAUAUAUCCAUUUCUUUUCGCCUUGUUCAUAUGCUCAGUGUUAUUGACUCUAUGCAUCGAUCAAAUCCGACGUCUUUAUUUGCAUAUUAAAGAUGAAAAAUAUUUAGUUGGCAAACAACUGCUUAAUUUUCGACCAUCAUCACCAAGUCAAUCAUUAGUUCCAACAUCAUCAUGA